GAAUUUUUUUCUUUUAUCUACUAUUUUUCCCUUUUAAUUGUAUUUCCCAGAAUAGUUAAAAUGCAUAAUUAAGAAAUAAGGCUGUUUCUUUUGGCUGACAGUUCAUAUACACACAUGCAUGCACACACACACACACACACACACACAGCUUGGAACUGGUUUGAACUACUUUCUGCCAACUCUGAUUGGUAGCUGUAAUUAUAAGUACAUCAUAUGUUAGUUAAUAGCCAAUAGAAAGCUUACCACCUGGAUUCCACCACUGAAGCAGAUAAGUAGAUGCAUAGACUACAGCAGAUAGUAUUUCCUUGAUUCUGAAGAUUGGUCAUAGGUUUCCUAGCGUUGUUAUUCUUUUCAGCAGCUGUAAAAAGGUACUUUAGUUUUAGUGUCAUCAUCAUAGCAAUAUGACUGGUUUUAUAACUUACAAUGGCUAUAUUUUAAAUCACAAAGAUUUGUCAAGCUGAAUGUUGGGCUUGUUUCUCUUCAUUAGCAAUUUGGUUAAUCUCUCAAGUGUUGCCAUUAGUUGAAACAUUGCCAAUUAAAAAUGUACAGCGAAAUUCGUAUCUGGGAUAAAGUUGGUUGGAGAAUGAAGGCAUUUGUUGUGCUUGCUUUUCUUGUCUAUGUUUGCACUCCAGUAUCUUCUAUGACACUACAUGAUACAACUGCCAUUCCAUCUGAUGAAUUCAUUACUGAAAAACCUAUGACAAAACGUACUAAAAGUUAUACAGACAAUGUUGGUACAGGUCAUAGUAAUGAUGUCAAUGACAUUUUUAAAUGGAUCAUUGUUAUAUUCUCCGUUGUCCUCAUACUACUUACAAUUUCAUGUGCUCUGUUCCGAUGGCUAUCUAAUCAAGAGACACUAUUCCGUUCAUGUGGCUCAGAAUACACAUUCUUUCCUCCUCAGCGGUGGAAAACAAUGACACCACCACCUUCUUAUAGUGAGUUGUUUCCUGUACAGUUUACACAUCCAGACGCUAAUAAUGGCACUGCUUUAGGGCGACUUUCCAUUCAACCUGCACCCCAGUUGCCUAUUUCUUCUACAGUUCUGGUGUGCAAUUCAGAUGAGUCCAGUUCGUCAUCUGCUCCAGUGACAACAACUACAUCUACAUCAACGCCUGUGAUUACAAACCCCAGUUUGACAACAUGGGACCAGAAAACAGAGAAAUGUAGCACAACUAUUUUUCCGGCAAUGAAGAAAGAUGCCCUUUCUCUUUCAGUUGAGAACAAUGCCCUUCCGUCCUAUGAAGAAGCUCUAAGAAUGCUAAGUUGCGAGUCAGUUUGAGAGAAAUUUGGUUUGAAUUGGUAAAAAAGAAAAUUUUUUUCAGAAGAAAAUGCAUUUUGUAUGCUACUUAUCUUCAUAUUGCUUUUUUUUUUUUUUACAAUUUAUCUUUAAAUCUUUCUCUUAUUUCAAGUUUUUUUUUUUAGUUGAAAGUAAUUUUUCUUCUGUUUUAUUUAUUUUCCAAAAUUAUUUAGUCUUUAUUUGAAGAUGUAUUUUUCUAGGGCUUGCUUUUUUUGCUAUUUUCCCCUUUUCUAUCUCUGUUUAUGUUAUAAUUUUAAAAGUUAAGACAGAAUACUAUAAAUGGGAAAAUUUUUAUCAUUCCAUUGACUUGGAAAUUUUUUUUCUUGAAUGAUUCUGAAAGUCAAAAACUGACCAGAUUUAUUCUUCUAAUACUGAAUGCCAAAUACCAUUUUACCAUGUGCACUUUAACUUUGCUUUUUUGUUAUUUUGUGUGUCUACUUGAUAUUUAUUUAAAUUUCAACUAGUCAUCAUCAGCAUGGUUUGCUCUUAUGAAGUAAAAAUUAAUUUAAGUUUAUUACUUACAGGAAUCUUAUUUGGAAUAAUAAUUAGUGGUACUUUGAAUAGUAAGAAGGAAUAUAUAUGUAUAAUGAAUACGAGCAAAAGGGUUAAAAAAAAUUCCUGACAUGCAUAAUUCUUAAGUGAUAGCUUUCUAAUUGAGAAAGAAUUAUGUCUUGUCAAAUGCAAACAUCAUUUUAUUUGCAACCCUUUUUUACUAAAAUUUUGUACCCCCCCUCCCUCAGUCUAAAAUACAGUUUUGCUUCUAAGACUAAUCAGCAUGAUCAUUCCCCACUUUUUUUUUUAAUGAUGCAAAUCCUUGUUGUGCAUGUUAUAACGACUUUUAAUCAAAUGGAUAAUAGGAGACUCUUGUAUCAAGGGUCCAUAUUAUGUCUUAGUUGUGUUUCAGGAAUAAAAGACUGGAAAUGACAUAAGUGUAUAUAGCAUGAUGAUAAAUUCUCUGAAUUGUGGAAUAAUUUUUUGUUGCUAUUUCAGUCACUGUUACCUACAGCAGUCACAUCCUUGAGAAAUACAUCAAUUCCACAUCACCCCAUUUCUUGGCCUGAUAACUCUGGAGGUUCUUGGGAUCUUGUAAUCCAUUUCAGGGAGCUAUGGAAGCUAAUAUCUGUUUUGAUAAUCUACAAUAACUAUAAAAGAUGCAUAUUAAAAAUCUAAUUUUGUGGAACAUUGCUCCCAAAUAUAUUAUUUAGAAGAAAUUAUUAUAUCAUGGCCACACUGCUGUUUUUUAUAUUUGCUCUUUUUUUGAGAAAAUUGCUAAAAAUUAAAAAUUUAUUUAAUAUACCCAUUCCCUUCAACUGGAAUGAUAAUAUAGUUUUAUUUGCUAUGGUGGAAAUUUCCAUUCAUACAUCCAUCUUUACAGCUUGCCAUUCCUGUGAGUGUCAUGGAGACGAAAUCUUUGGACAUGAUCUCUAGUAAGGCCUAUCAAAAGCAGCUUUCUGCAAAUAUUUUGGCUGGACCCCUAAGGGAGAAAUCAAAGCUAUGGAUAUUAUCCAACUGCCUUGUGGUUUACACUUUGGUCUCCUGUUAGUUGGCCUUGCCUUUAAAAUCUUGUACUGGAGAUGCAACAUCUCAGUGUGGAGAAAGUGACUCAGUUGGAGCAGCUCACUGAUCUCUGAGUUAUGUAACCUAUUGAUUCUUUGGAGGAACCCUAUUGUGGUUGUUUGUAUUUGUGAUUAAACUUUUUUGGUCAUAACUAUAGGUAAGAUUAGGCCCCUAAAUUGAAGUGAAAAUAAUAGUGAGGUUGGUAGAUCAGUAUGAUUAUAUAAUUAUUGUAAUUGUUGUCAGUUCUAAGAAGGAAGAAAAACAUUUUAUCACUGCCAGUUGAUUUCAUUUUGUUAUGAUCUAUCAGAUCUCUAACAAGUUGACACUAUUUAAUUGAUAGAACUUUCUAUGAUAGUUCAUAAUAUUAUUUCUAUUGUUUUAAUGCUAAAGACAGGAUAUCAAUUUAGGCAGAAAUUCUUUGUUUUGAGCUGAAAAUCAUCAACCAAGUCUAUACUUCUUUUUUACCUUUCCUAGAUUGGGAGUCAAUUAUAUUCUGCUGAGGUACUGUUCAGUAUCCAAAACACAUAACAUUUGGUGGUCCGGGCCACCUAACUGAAUAGGUGUCUUGCAAAUACAUGCAGCUUAUAGCAGUAAGUAGCUGAAGUACUGUAUACUUAACAAGGAACCUCAUGAGGUAGAGUGAUUGAUGCGGUAGCCAUCACUGACUGUUCUUAGUGGCAACUUUUUUUUUUAACCUUUGCAUGAAGUCUGGGUGAUUCAAAUGUAGCAUUUGUUUGUUUUUUUCAGUCUAUUAUAUGUAUAUAGCAGUUAAACCAAAUAUUGUUAGAUUGAAAAUUUGUGAGAUAAAACUCCCAAGUAAGUGUGCAUAAAUUUAAAAAAAAAAAACUAUAAUUAAAAGAAAAAACAAAAUGGGAAGAGAACAAAUCAAAGGGAAUUUAUAAGAAAAAGAGGAAGAAAAACUUGCAGUACUUUCAGGUUCUCUUCUGGGCUUCAAGAAGGUAACAGAAAUCCACUCCCAACAUAUUUUACAAUAUCCCCUCUAAGUCCUCUCCAACUUGAUAUUUAUUUCUUCUAUUAUCAUUAAUUUCUUACACUAUGUUGACUCCUCUAAAUUCUCUCUCUCUCUCAAUAGGUUACUUUUUGAUAUUUUUUUUCAUAUUGAGUGUUCCCAGAUUUUUCUAAGAUUACUUCUUGAUAAAACUCAUCACGUUUUCUUUUAAUUUCAAAUUAUAUUUUUAUCAUCAAGCAUAUUUAUUCUAGUGAGGUGGGUGUACUAGAUGAAAGUAAAAGCUGUUUUACUGUUAAAAAGUUUACCACUGCCAUAAUCAUAUAACUAUCGUUUACUAUUGUUUGUAAUAACUUUUUUUUUGUUAAGUUUUUCAAUUUCAAUAACUU